AUGAUGGUGACUCUGACCAAUCAAUUCGAUUUCGAAGGUUUGCUGAAUCCUUGGAAGAAUAGUUCGAAAAACGUUCAAAGAAGUCGUUGUGCCAUAUUAUUUAUCUUCAUUUUGACAAUAAUUCUUUAUUACCAAAUUAAUUCAAGACAUCAAUCACGACAGAAUUACCUCAACCAAAGAAACAAAAUAAAACAAUGUCCUGAAGAUUCGAAUGGUAUCGCGCCAUACAAGUUGACCAAAGAUCAAUCAGUCCUAUAUUAUAACCCAAAUAUAACAUUCAAGAAAAAUCAACCAUACUCUACUUGCCAUUGA